AGGGAUGGAGAACAGCAGAUGAGAGUGGGGGCAGAAUGUGAGCUGGUAUUGCAAGUAGGGGCAGACUGGGAAUUGGCACCAGGGGCGGAUGAUGGGAUGGAGAUAGAGGUGAGGUUAGGAGAAACAGAACAGUGCGUGGCAGCAGAGGGGCAACAAGGAUGGGCAGGAGGGGUAGAAAAGGGCAUUACAUCGAGGGAGGAGAAAGAAGCUGUAGGACAGGUGGCAGCAGAUGUCCGGCUAAGACAAGACCUGCCAGCUGUCCUGGAGGAGAGGCUUUCAGCAAGGGCCAAGCAAGCCAGGGCAGUCAGGCUGGAGGCCAGGUCUGCGGUGGGCACAGGUGGCGGCGAGGGUUUGGAGACUAGACAAAGAGGGGCCGCAGGUUAUAGAACCCCACCUGAGGCUUGGUGUGGGAUCCCACCAGGCUCAGGUCAGGGGGAUGCCGGGUGCAGCGCCAAACAUAAGGCCAGGAGCCAGCGGAGAGAAGGAUCCGAGGGCAGACGUGGGCUAAAAGCCAGAGCUGGGGGUACUCGGCCAGAGUAUAGUCCAUCUCCCGCAUCUCGUGGAGGCAGCUGCCCCAGGGAAAGGUCUGACCAUAGGGUGGCUAGAUCCUCCAUCAAAGUGGGGUCCCAGCAGGAGAAGAAAGGGGUGCAGAAGAAAGUAGAAGCCAGGAGGACGAAGAAGCAGGUGACUGUGGACAGCUCCAAAGCCAAAACUUCCCUGGAGGCCCUGAAGAUCAGUAUCCAGCAGCUGAGGUGGAAAGAAUUUCCCCUCGGACGCCGGUUACCCUGCGAUAUCUACUGGCACGGAGUCUCCUUUCACGAAAGCGAAAACGUUUCGUCCGGACAAGUCAACAAGUUUCCAGGUAUGACGGAGAUGGUGCGUAAGAUCAACUUCAGCCGAGCUGUGAGAACCAUGCAGGAGCUGUUCCCGGAGGAAUACAACUUUUACCCCCAGUCGUGGAUCCUCCCGGAAGAGUUUCACCUCUUCAGCGCUCAGGUACGUAUGGCUAAAGAAAAGGACCCUCUGUGGAAGCCCACCUUCAUUGUGAAACCUGACGGGGGUUGUCAAGGAGAUGGCAUCUACCUCAUUAAAGACCCCGCGGAAAUCCGCAUGAUGGGAGGCAUGCAGAAUAGACCCGCGAUAGUCCAGGAGUACAUGAGCAGACCCUUGCUGAUAGACAAGCUCAAAUUUGACAUUCGCCUCUACGUCUUGCUGAGGUCUUUAGACCCCCUCGAGAUCUACGUGGCCAAAGAAGGCCUCUCGAGGUUUUGCACGGAGCCGUAUCAAGAACCGACCCAUAAAAACCUCCACAAGGUAUACAUGCACCUUACCAACUACUCGCUGAACGUCCACAGCGGGAACUUCGUCCACUCGGACAGCGCUCACACCGGCAGCAAGAGGACCUUCUCCAGCAUCCUCUAUAGGCUGUCGGCCAAAGGGGCCGACGUCAGGAAAGUGUGGUCGGAUGUCAUCGCGCUCGUGAUUAAGACCGUCAUUGCUCUGACGCCGGAGCUCAAAGUGUAUUACCAGGCUGAUAUACCGCCGGGGAAACCGGGACCCUCAUGCUUCCAGAUUUUAGGGUUUGACAUUCUUCUUCUGAAAAACUUGAAACCUGUGUUACUUGAAGUCAAUGCGAAUCCCAGCAUGAAGAUUGAACACGAACAGGAGCUGCUUCCAGGUGUCUUCGAGAACGUGCCGAGCGCAGUGGACGAGGAAGUGAAGAUCGCUGUGAUCCGGGACGCCCUCCGCCUCGCGGACCCCGGAACGAGGAGGAACAGCCAUAGCCCAUCGCCUCCCUCCGAUACGGCAAAGAAAGAGCUGCUCACAGGAACAACGGAACGAGCGGAGCCGGAGAUUAAUCAAAGCUCGGAAAGCAAUUUACCGUCCCUUUGUCUCAAGCAAGUGUUUCCAAAGUACGCCAAACAUUUCAAUUACCUCCGCCUGGUAGAACGCAUGUCUUCUGUGUUUAUACGGUUCCUUGGAAUCAAGGGCACAAUGAAGUUGGGGGCCACGGGAUUCCGGACGUUCAUAAGGAGCUGUAAGCUCAGCAGCGGCAGCUUCUCCAUGGCGUCGGUUGACAUUUUGUACAUCGAUAUAACGAGGAGGUGGAACAGCGUGUGUCUCGACCAAAGAGAAUCAGGUAUGUGUCUUCAGGCAUUUGUCGAGGCUUUCUUCUACCUGGCUCAAAGACGGUUUAAAGGGCUUCCUCUCCGACAGCAAGUGGAGUCUCUGCUAAACUUGUGCGAAAGCCACCUGGAGUCCGUGGAUGAGAAGAGACCGCCGUGCAGCCGAGGACCCCUGGAACGGAGAACGGCGCUGGGCAGCUGCCGGCACACCGACCUCAGCGUGACAUCAUAUCCUCCCCUCUUUAGUCACACUAGCACUUCCUGUAAACUCACUGAUUACAAGCUGCAACACUCUUGAUAACUAUUUUAUGGGGGGAAAAAAGACCUAAAAUAAACUGGACCCCCCCUCAAACUCUCUAACGGAGUGACGUAGCCGCUAUAAGCUUCCUCCCCCAAAAUAUGUUUAGGGGAGCAUCAUGGGAGAUCUGCACCAUCCUGAGCUUCCGCCAUCAAAUAUGGCUGACUGAGAAUCAUGGGAAAUACAGAGAGCCCAGAUAUUCCUUCCAUAUUCAUCGUUUUUAGAUAUUUCUAUGAUAGUAAGCUGUGUUUGUCACAAUGUACACGGCACGCAUGUCACAAACUUGGAGGAACGGCCACGGAAACAAUAAGCAGCCAAUGGGGGGCUGAAUCUCUCCCCUGCUUAUCUCCUAUUGGCUGCACAGCAUUCCAAUGUAGAACGCGGACACGGAAAUAACCACUCUUUUUCACGCGGACGUUUUUAUUGCUACGAUAGAACUUAUUAAGCGGCGUUUUAUUAACAGAUCCAUGAAGCUUCCGGGAAUACACCGCACCAACGACUGCGUUACUGCACACAAUACCCCUCCGGUUCGGUUUAAAAUCAUUUAAUUCGUACCCGCGGCCGUCUUUCCUUUCUAAUUGCAUGCAAAUAAUAUUUCAAAGCUACAAAAAAAAAAGGAUAUCGCAACUACACAGAAAGCAAACGGGAUUGCCUCGACUUCUGUAACGUGCGAUAAGAGAAUCGUUUGAUUCUUUUUCCUAAUUUUCCUAAUUAACAAAUACAGAGGUGGGACUCCGCACGGACGGCGUAAGAAGUUUAGCGUCACAAUUAACCCCUUAAAGACAAAGCCCGUACAUGUACGGGCUCAAAAUGCAUUGU